GACCUUACACUAAAUGAGUCUCUAAAAUGGGUUUUACAGAAAAACUGUUUGAUGAUCUCGCGCGAUCUAGUGGAAUCCCAGCGGACCAGAUCAGUGUCAUUGUGGGAAUGCUGGUGACAUUAUUUCUUUCAAUAUUAUAUAAUCUAUUUUUGUCACCUCUAAAAGUUGGUCGAACUACAAGACUCGCUUUUGGCGUUGUCUGGGGCAUUGCAAUUGGUUGGUUUUGUUAUACUAGUGAUAUGAUUCAAUUAGUUAUCUUAUUGCUGUUAUCUUACUAUAUUAUACAAACCGUUUCACCUCAAGUAGUUCACAGGUAUAUUUUCACCUUGGCAAUGUCAUGGUUGUCAAUCAAUCAUAUCUAUAGACAGGUGACAGACUAUGGUGGCUAUAAAUUAGACAUAACAGGACCAUUAAUGCUUAUCACUCAAAGACUCACUUAUGUUGGUUUUGCUGUACAUGAUGGUCUUGGAAGAGAUCCAAAAGAGCUCACUCAUGAACAGAGACAACACAGUAUAAAGUACUUCUAUGUUCCAAUAGAAAUAAUGCAUUUAAAUAUAGUGACAAAAAUCAUUGUGAAAAGCAUUCUUUACCUUAAAUCACAAUUGUUUUCAUCUGUUAAUCUUGGGAACACUUCUUUCUGUAGAAAAAGACCAAGUUUCUUAGAAUUUUUUAGCUACAUCUUACACUUCAGUAUGCUGUUAGUUGGACCUUCAUGUAGUUACUAUGAAUUCAUGGAAUUUGUUGAUGGUACCAACAUGAAGGGCUUUAAACAAUCUGGCAAAGCAUAUCUUCCUAUGGUGACAGCAACCAAGAAAAUUUUACUAUCAUAUGUAUUUCUUGGAGGUCUUGUAUUAGGCAAUGCUCUUAUAUCCCCAAAAACAUGCAUCGAUCCAGAAUUUAUGUCCAAGUCAUCAUUGCUCACUAAAAUAAUAUUUAGUUAUAUUGUAAUUGCGGCAAUAAAGAUGCGUUAUUACUAUGCCUGGACAUUUGCUGAUGGUGUUAUAAAUGUGGCUGGCAUGGGUUACAAUGGGUUGGAUGAGAAUGGGGAAGCUCAAUGGGAUAAAUUCACAAAUGCAAAAAUUAAACAAAUAGAGCUUGGCACAAACUCUCGCACAAUCCUUAAAAAUUGGAAUAUUGGAACUGAAAAAUGGCUGAAAAGGAUAAUAUAUGACAGAUCAAAUGAUAACCUGACUGGUGUCUUAGCAACAUCAGUUACCUCCGCAUUCUGGCAUGGUUUUUAUCCUGGAUAUUAUUUAUGUUUUGUUACUGUUGGUUUCCUAACUCUCUCUUCUAGAUUGGCGAGGCGUUCAUUCCGUCCCUAUUUUCAAGAAAGCAAGGAAAAGCAGAUAUUUUAUGACAUUUUAACAUGGUUGAUAACCUGCAGUAUGGUGGUUUAUUCAUGCAUUCCUUUCGUGUUGCUUGACUUGAAUUCAGGAUUCAUUUUUUGGAGGUCCUUGUACUUCUAUGGUCAUAUUGUGGUACUACUGGGAUUCGCCUCCCCCUGGAUCAGUGCUGCCCUUGGCAUGAAACGUGAAGAAAAGAAUAUAAAAUUGAACGGACCACGAGAAAUGACGGAGGAGCCGAUCAAUAGUCGCAGGAUAGAUGGUGGACUCAAACAAGAAUAACUGUAAUAAUUGUAAAUUGUAAUAAUAAUUUAAGGGUAUUUAUUGUUGAUGUUUAAAAGGUUGGGUAUAUAACAUGGCUUAUAUUGUAGUAUGGUAGUGAUGCACUGGUAGUGAUGCACUGGUAAUGAGACAAUCCAUUAUGGUUAAUUUUGCACAAUGUUUCCUAAGAAUAUUCAUUUCACAAUUAGACUUUAAUAAACUAUUUUAGAAUGGUCGUCACAAUUACAUAGUUAGGUUUUAUAAAUAAUUAUAUAUAUUGUAUAAAUUAUUAAUAAUAAUGUACGUAGUUAGUUAGG